GUAGGGUUCUCUUCAUUUUCAUACUCCUGUCCUGGACCGAAAUCUGAACCCUGAAAGAUUUGAAAGAAAUUGAUAAAUCUUGACUGAAGAAUGAAUGCGUUCAAGGCUUAUAAAGCUUGUGUUCCAAUUGCAUGGAGUUCAAACAUAUAUAUAACCCAGGUGAGGGGAAUUCCUGGGACAAGGAAAUCUCACAGGCGCACCCUUGAGGCCUUGCGCCUUGGCAAAUCUAACCGAACUGUGAUGCGAUGGAACACACCUACAGUUAGAGGAAUGCUUCAGCAGGUGAAGAGGUUGGUUGUGAUCGAAACGGAAGAGAUGUACAAGGCCCGCAUGCAAAAACAAGAAACCCAUCGAGCUAUACGCCCCCCUAUUGCUGUCAGCCAUCACUCCGUUCCUGCAAAAGAUUCUUCUGAGUAAUAAUGGCAGAAUGUUUACAGGUCUGUUUUUCAUAAUUCCUUUCAUGUAAUUUUGUUAGUUCAUCAUGUUGGUUCUUUCGCGAGGUGUUACUGUCUCAAAAAACAACUGACACAUAUAUAUUUAUGGAAUUACAUGGGUUUAUCUUGUUUUACAAUUUCAGUAACUGGAUAUCGAAUGAUAUUGUGAUUUUCCUCUUU